AGAUCCAGGCCCGGCCGCGAGUCCAGAGUCGGAGAGCGCGUUACCCUGAGCUGUGGGCUUGUGAAAGGUGGCUCAGUUUUACCCUAGCCGUACGUUAACACGUCUCACCGAGCAUAUGUUGCGCUUAAUAAUCGAGAAAUAAUGCAUCUUUUCCAAACUUUCGUCAUACUUUUAAACGUUUGCCCAAACGUGUGGUUGCGACUGGAAAUGGGGCAGUGAGGAGGGAAGCAGAAAGGUCAGAGAAGAGAAGAUGCUCCUCUACUGGCUUUGGAGAUGGAGCCACAAGCCAAGAGAGUGCGGGAGGCCUUUAGAAGCUGGAGAAGCAAAGAAGGGGAUUCUCCCUAGAGCCUCCAGAAAAAAACACAGCCCUGCCAACAUCUUGAUUUUAGGACUUCUGACCUCCAGCACUCUAAGCUCAUGGAAGGCAGGGACUGCACCCUGGCCCCGGUGGAUCCCCAGCGCCCAGCAGAGUGGCCAGCAUGGGGGUACUUCAUCGGAAGGAGGAAGAGAAAGAACAGACUCGUAGAGCAACUGUGAGGCGUCUCCGUGUUGAGGGUCUUCGUUGUGGCACACAGGAUCUUCACUGUGGCAUGUGGGAUCUUUAGUUGUGGCAUGCAGACUCUUAGUUGUGGCAUGUGUACUCAAUUGUGGCCUGCAGGCUUAGAGCAUCCUGCGGCAUGCACACAGCAUCUAUUUCUCCAACCAGGGAUUGAAUCCAGGCCCCCUGCAUUGGGAGCGUGGAGUCUCACCUACUGGACCACCAGGGAAGUCCUGUGGAGAAGACUUUUAAGCCAUGUCCAUGACAAAGAGUGCCGGGGGUCCCCAGGGAGCUGUUGACCUCAAACUGGACCUCAAGCCUUCUUACGAAAGUGCCAAGAAGUUGCAGAACAAGGAUUCCAGUUUCUUGGAUGGAAGCCCUUCUGAGUCGCCGGACUUGGAAACGACCAAGGGCAUAACAGCAUUCCAGGCCUUGGUUCACCUGGUGAAAGGUAACAUAGGCACAGGGGUCCUGGGACUACCCCUGGCUAUGAAGAAUGCAGGCAUCCUGGUGGGCCCUCUCAGUUUGCUGGCCAUGGGCUUCAUCUCCUGCCACUGUAUGCACAUCUUGGUCAGGUGUGCCCAGCGCUUCUGCCACAGACUUAACAAGCCCUUUAUGGACUACGGGGAUACGGUGAUGCAUGGACUAGAAGCCAGCCCCAGCACCUGGCUCCGGAACCACGCACACUGGGGAAGGCGUAUCGUGAGCUUCUUUCUUAUAGUCACCCAGAUGGGCUUCUGCUGCGUGUACAUUGUGUUUCUGGCUGAUAAUUUAAAGCAGGUCGUGGAAGCGGUUAAUAGCACAACCAACAACUGCCAUUACAACAGGACAGUGAUCCUGACGCCCACCAUGGACUCGAGACUCUACAUGCUCGCCUUCCUGCCCUUCCUGGUGCUUCUGGUGUUCGUCAGAAACCUCCGAGCCCUGUCCAUCUUCUCCCUGUUGGCCAACAUCACCAUGCUGGUCAGCUUGAUCAUCAUCACCCAGUCCAUCAUCCAGGGAAUUCCAGACCCCAGCCGCUUGCCACUGGUAGCAAAUUGGAAGACCUACUCGCUCUUCUUCGGAACAGCCGUUUUUUCAUUUGAAAGCAUUGGUGUGGUUCUGCCCCUGGAAAACAAGAUGAAGGAUGCCCGCCGCUUCCCAGUCAUCCUGUCUUUGGGAAUGUCCAUCGUUACUGCCCUCUACAUCAGCAUCGGGACUCUGGGCUACCUGCGGUUCGGAAAUGACAUCAAGGCCAGCAUAACCCUUAACCUGCCCAACUGCUGGCUGUACCAGUCGGUCAAGAUCCUCUACAUAAUUGGCAUCCUGUGCACCUACGCCCUGCAGUUCUACGUCCCUGCAGAAAUCAUCAUUCCCUUCGCCACCUCCCAGGUGUUAAAGCGCUGGGCACUGCCUCUGGAGUUGUUCAUCCGCCUCGCCAUGGUCAGCCUGACAUGCAUCUUGGCCAUCCUCAUCCCCCGCCUGGACCUGGUCCUCUCUCUGGUGGGCUCCCUGAGCAGCAGUGCGCUGGCCCUCAUCAUCCCACCCCUCCUGGAGAUCACCACCUACUACUCAGAGGGCAUGAGUCCCAUCACCAUCAUCAAGGACGCCCUGAUCAGCAUCCUGGGCUUCGUGGGCUUUGUGAUGGGGACCUACCAGGCCCUGGACGAGCUGAUCCAGUCAGAAGACCCUCUCACCGUUUCCAACUCCACCAUUUUUAUUCAGUGAAAAUGGCACUGCUUCUUACCCACCAGCACCUGACAUUUAAUGAUAUAAAUCUCUUCUAUAUGCAUUAUCUAUAUUUUGCUGCUUUACCUUUCUCUGAGUCAAGUCACAGUGAAACAAGCACGGACUCACCAGCUACAAGGUCUAGAUGAUAAGAGCACCAAGUGAAGAAGCCGGGGCUAGCCUGCUGGAGGAAGAGAGACCAUGUGGAGCAGAAAUGAAUCAUCCCAGUUGAGCCCCAUCUCCCAGAACAGCCAGCCUGCCGACUUCCAGACACGUGAGUGAUGUAUCCUAGACUAUAUACAGCCCCAGUCAAGCUGGCCUGGACCAUAAAUAUUGCUCAGAUGAUCCACAGAAUUAUGAGA